UUUAUAAUGUAAGAGAAGAUUUUUUAGUCAUCUCUGAAAUUUUCCACAUUUGACUAUUGAUUUUUUCGAUUCGUGCAACGAUUAUACAGUUUCUAAAUGCAGACCAGUAAAUCUUCCUCACAAUCUGUUAGCAAUUCGUUAAACUUGAUGGGUAUAGCCAUGGCCUGCGGCUUUGCCGCUCACAUUAUUAGAUCACCCAACAGCUCCAGUCGGCUUGCUCAGCUAUGGUCACGCUUGGGGAAUAUUGGAACCAGACGCUUUUACAGCGGCGGCUUUCAGGAACGAAUGUCUGCCCGCAAAGCAUCUCAAAUACUGGGUUCCAGUCUCAGUGCACCAUCGGGCCGAAUGCAAGCUGCCCACCGACGUGUCAUCCUGGCCAAUCAUCCAGAUCGCAAUGGCACACCAUAUUUGGCGGUUAAAAUCAAUGAGGCUAAGCAAGUGCUGUUGGAGCAGAGAAAUAAGUCUAGAUAGGGAUAUUGAUACGGGAUAGGGAAAACUGGAGACGACUCUUAGAUAAUAGAGGAUCGACGACUAUUACUUAGAUAAGAACAAGUCAAAGUGAAAAUUCGCCAUGUAUAUACGUGUGGCUUUUAGAAAUUUAAGUCUAACGAUGUUUGUGCAUUUUAGCUAAAUUCAUUUUCAAAAGAUACCCUUAAUAGGAUGA